AUGGGCCUUCCGGGGAUCUUGAGGGCUGGAGACAACGAUACUGAUCUUUUCAUGUACACGGAGCCCGUGGACACGGGUAUCGACCAUAUACAACGAUAUGAGAACCACGAGAUGCUUCCCGGCCAAUGUCACAAUAGCAUGGACGCAGAACGUGAUGCAAUAAUGCCCCAGUCAUUAACAGCGGUGAGAAAUGGACCUCAGAGCUCGAACAGUUUCCCCGGAUCGGAGUUGGAUGGCACGGCCGUUGAUGGAAUAGCCUCUAUAGGAAUGCUCCUCAGACUCGUUACUGAUCUUCACGCACGAUUGGCGGUACUGAAGGAACUAUCAUGGCAAUCGCAAUUGUCGAUUCAAGACCUACAACACUACCCCAUUGGCAGCGUCAUACAUCUGUCUCAAACCUUUACUAGCCUUGUCCGCGGAUUCAAGAGUAGCAUCCCUGCCGAUCCAGCCAUCGCACCCAUCUUGUUCAGUUGCUACGUCACUUUGACCCAGAUUUACACAGUCGCCCUGCAUCAAUUCCAGGUCUACCUUCGUAUGCAACCGAGCGGACGGCAGGUGUGUACAUCUCAAUUGGAUAUGCGGUUGGGGCCCCACGCAUGCUUGGCCGACGUACCACAGAGUAACGCGCCGCGCAACAACAUACACACCGCUGUCUGUAUGUUGCUAGAGUCGCUUCAGCAGGCAGAAAAGGUGAUGCCUCCCGACUCGUAUUUCAGAAUUAUAGACCACACCUGGUCACAGACGACUCAUGGCAUCGCGAUUGAGAACGGCGCCACCCGUGACAUGGUACCCUGGGAAGGCCUAACUGAUUCGACAUCCAACACACAUCUGAUAUUCCGAGCGCUGGCGGGUGAGGUGGCAGAUAUCAAUCAACUUCUACGAGAAAAAGCGGAUUUGUAG